UUCCUUCAUUCUGGCUAUGGAAUUUGUCCAUAUCCUCCGUUUCAUAGGAUGGAAUUGUUGGUAAUUGCACAGAUCCCUCAAUGCUCAAAAGUUUCGUCCGCUUCGUCCGCACCCAACUCCCAAUAUGCAUGACAACAUCUUGCUAGAGGGGCUGUGGGAGCUCUCAGGUAUUAAUAUAAGAGAUAGAGUUGUACCCAAGUCUGUUUAUACAUCAUUAUCAGUUUCAUUCUAUCAUACUUUCUGAGUUUACCAACCACCAAUACAAGGCAACACACUCUGUCUUAACACUCAUCAUCUACUCACACUUUCUAUCAUAUCCCAAAACCACAUUCUGUGCAAUCACACUUCCAAGGUACACUAGUAUUUCUUCACAGAAAUCAUCCUACUCUCUCAUCACCAAAGUCGGAGCACAUAGGACGAGAUCCAGACUUCUAUCUAAAAAUGCCCAAAACUAUCUUGGUUACCGGAGCCACAGGCCGCCAGGGUGGAGCCGUCGUCAAAGCCCUACAGGGUUCAGAGUUCGAUAUCAUCGCUUUGACAAGGAGCACGACAUCGCCAGCUGCACAAAAGUUGUCGGCAACAUAUCCCAACGUCAAGUUAUUGCAAGGAGACUUGGCGAAUGCCGCGGCCAUAUUCGAGCAAUGCAAGACUCCCAUCUGGGGCGUAUACAGCGUUCAGGCGCAAGUACAAGGGCCCGACAAAUCUCAGGAGGAAUUCCAGGGAAAAGCAAUCAUCGACCAAGCGCUGGCCAACAACGUACAAUUCUUCGUGUACAGCUCUGUUGACCGUGGCGGCGACAAGUCUUCUGAAACCCCUACCACGGUGUCGCACUGGGUGACCAAAUACAACAUCGAGAAAUAUCUGAUUCAAAAGACAAACGGUACCAACAUGCGAUAUGGCAUUCUCCGUCCAACCGCAUUCAUGGAGGGCUUCACCGACGACUUCAUGGGUAAAGCCCUUGCAUCGAUGUGGAAAUCAGCACUGCCAGAAGACAAACCAUUGCAGCUUGUUGCGACCAAGGACAUCGGGUGGUUCGCUGCAUACAUGUUCAAGAACUCAGACAGGCUCGCCGGACAAGCAAUAUCACUAGCAGGUGCGGAAUUGACCUACACGCAAGCGACCGAAGUCUUCAAGCAUGCACUCGGAAAAGACAUGCCUGAGACGUUCUCAAUCGUCGCCCACAUGAUAUUGCAUGCUGUCAAAGAUGUCAACGCCAUGUUCAAGUGGCUUAAGAAAGAAGGGACAAAGGCAGAUAUCGCUGAAUUGAGGUCCAUCCAUCCUGAAAUGACUGAUUUCGGCACAUGGUUGAAGACGGAGAGCCAAUUCAGAUGAUCGUGACGAGCACAUAAUUUGGUAGCCGUUGAAGAGGCGAGGCAAGGGAUUUGGGGGCCAGAGAGGACACUUCGCCGGAGUGAAGAGGAUUCCAGAUAUUUUGGUCAGCCAGUGUGAUGCAUUGCCUCUUUCGGACAUAUGUUAGGGGCUGGCUCUAUGGCAUUGGCGGCUAAAGCGAGGCGUUCAGAACUUUAUUUUUGGCAACUAUAUGCGCAUGGACUGUUGUUUUGUA